AUUUUACCGCGACUCAUUUUUUUUGCAUUUUCGUGUGAGACUCUCUGCAUUGCGUCCUUUGCAGAAAAAACGAACGAGGGCAUUUUUUUCAGCCUUCAUUCAAUAUAUAUAUUUUCUUCUAUACGAUUGUCCAUUCAUAAUUCCAUCGCUCUGCACCGAUUGUACUCUGCACAUCACGCAAAAAUACUCACAUAUAUAAACUUCAAAAUUGAAAAUUUGCGAGCCUCCGUUGCAGAAUAAUUCGUUGCUGCGAGGGAACAGAUGUUUGUAAAGAGUAAAACAGGCUACAAGGCACACAAUAUUGCAUUAUAGGGUUUCAGAACUAAAACACGGGCCAUCUGCCUGCAGUCUCUGUGGUCCAAUUUCGGUGUUUUGUGACAUUGGGUUUGGAGGAAUUGGGAAUCGUUUGGUGGGUUCUAGAUGAUUUUGUGAUAACGGGUUGAAAAUAGAUUGUGGGUGUCUUUUUCUGUGCGGAAAACUGCCCCUGUUUUGGUUAUAUAAGAAGGACAAUGCUGCCUGAAGAGAGGCAAAACAUCAAGAGUACAUGAUCUCCUUCGAUAAUGGCACAUUGUACUCCAAGUGCAGCAUGUGGUUGAUGAAAAUGUUCAGCGAGAGGAGUAAUGCAAAUGCUUUUAGGAAUUUUUUUAAAUGGCCAUGGACAAGAAAUCCUGGUGGAGCAUCUGCAACUGUGGGGCUGUUAAGUAAUGUGCCCCCUGAGAUUGAGCUUUCUGAUUAUCAACCAUUACCAAAUGGUGAUAUUGAGAGCCCUUUGGAUCUUCUUAAAGGUGAAAGACAAAAAGUGGGACCAAUUUCAGAUCUUGAUCGUUUUUUUGAGCGUUUGUAUAAGUAUUACUGUGAACAUGGACUUCGAUGCAUUGUGAUUCGAUGGAUUGGUAAUAAUGUGAGCUUGGGGUUCACCAUUGUCUUUUCGGGAAUAUGCUUGUUAUGUGUGGACUGGCAUGGUCUAAUUAGUCUUAAAUGUGGAGGACCUGGAGGCGAUGCAGUUGAAUGUGACCUUGCAAAGGUUGCAUUUCGCAAGCAUCCUUUAAAGCCAUUCACUUUGUAUACUGCAGUGGUUGUUGGAUAUUUAGGGUUAUUUUCUUUAUACUGGAUUUUCUGCUUUCUCAUAUUCUUUUUACAGUUGAAAGACACACUGGAAAUCCGUGACUUCUAUCAGAAAAGCCUGAAUAUUACAGAUCAAGAGUUGCAAAGGAUGUCCUGGUCAGCUGUAUUAGAAAAGACCAUUCAGUUUCAGAGCAUUGAACGGCUUUGUGUUGUCAAGGAUCUCUCUGCACAUGAUGUUGUGAUGCGCAUCAUGCGCAAAGAUAAUUACUUGAUCGGGAUGUUGAACAAGGGUGUGCUUGCCUUAUCAAUUCCUCAAUGGGUCCCUGGUGCAGGGCCUGUUGUUCAGCGGGAAGUCAAUGGAACUGAGAAUCGUCUGAUUUUGACAAAGACUCUGGAAUGGAGUUUGAAAUGGUGUAUAUUGCAAUAUAUGUUUGACAGGAAUUUUUUGAUUCGGAGGGAUUUCAUCAAUAAUCCUGGAUCGCUGAGAAAGAGGCUCAUGAUUGUUGGAUUCCUCAUGCUUGUUCUUUGUCCGUUUCUUGUUAUUUUCAUGUUGGUAUAUCUCUUUCUGAUGCAUGCAGAACAGUUCUACAAUCAUCCAAGUACAGCAUUAUCAAGAAGGUGGUCUAACUUGGCAAAAUGGCUCUUCAGAGAGUUUAAUGAGCUGGAACAUCUUUUCAAAUCAAGGCUCAGUGGGGGGAUUGAACAUGCAAAUGAUUAUGUGAGGCAGUUUCCUUCACCUGUUGUGUCACUGAUUGCCAAGCAUGUCUCAUUUGUGGCGGGUGGUUUGGAAGCUAUCCUUAUAUUUAUUGCCAUCUUGGAGGAGUCCCUUCUUGAAGGACAACUUUUUGGUCGAAAUUUGCUAUGGUACACUGCUGUGCUUGGUGCUAUAAUAGCAAUCAGUAAAAGUCUUAUCACUGAGGAUUUCCAAGAGUUUGAUCACGAGGGGACAAUGGCAUUAGUAGCUCAGCAUUCACAUCAUAUGCCAAAGAGUUGGCGUGGGGCAGAGAAUUCUGAAUAUGUACGAAGAGAAUUCGAAGCGCUCUUCCAGUAUACUGGGGUGAUGUUGUUCGAAGACAUGGCCUCAUUGUUUGUGACUCCAUACAUUCUUAUUUUCCUACUACCAAAGCAAGUGGAUGCUAUAUUGCAAUUCAUACAGGAUUUCACUGUGAAUGUAGAUGGUGUUGGAGAUGUUUGCAGUUUAAGCGUUUUUGAUUUUGAACUUCAUGGAAACGGCAAAUAUGGAUCACCGUGUAAUACAUCUAAAGACCGCAGGAGCGGUCAAGGAAAAAUGGAAAAGUCAUUGCUGAGUUUCAAGAGUAGCUACCCCAGCUGGGAGCCAAAUGCUCAGGGAAAGCAGUUCCUAGACACUCUUAUGGAUUUCCGACAACAAGAACAAGACAGACAAGCAAUACAGAUGUAUUCACCUGACCGUACCUCGCAAAAAAUGCCAUCAAUAAGAGGUUUGGGUAGUGCAUACAGUUCAGGCUUAAGGGAAGGGGUUCCACCCAGGUUGCCUCUGCCUCGACCUCGUUCUGCGGAAGUUCAGACUGGUCAGUUGGAUCAGCCUUGGACUAGUGAUAUGGAACAAAAGGAUCAUCUCUACUGGCUUGAUCGGUAUUAUACUUUACAGUCACUUUAUUCAUCAGAUGUGAGGGACAAUCAAGAUUCUUUGGAUGCAUUGCAACAUAACUUUCUUGCACCUCAUACAUCAGGUAGACAACAUCUUGUGGGUCAAAGAGAAUUUAGUGGAUUUUUCGGGGAUGAUAGAGUUGGAAAUCAUAUGGAGGCCUCAACCUCAAGUGCUGUUCAGGAUAGUAUGUUUCAAGAAGGGACUGCUAGGCAGGCAGGACACAUGGGUGAAAGCACCCGGUGGUGGGCAAGAAGAGGGGCUCAGUCAAUUCGUGGUUAUGAAAGCUUUAGGGAGCCUCCUCUGUUUAGUGGCGGUCAGUUGGAAGGUCCCACUCAGUCAAUUCGUGGUUAUGAAAGCUUUAGGGAGCCUCCUCUGUUUAGUGGCGGUCAGUUGGAAGGUCCCACUCAGUCAAUUCGUGGUUAUGAAAGCUUUAGGGAGCCUCCUCUGUUUAGUGUCAGUCAGUUGGAAGGUCCCAUUGAUGAGCUGUCUUAUGGUAGUCACAAAGAGGAGGGUAUGGUAUCCGGCAUGGAACAAGCUUCUGCUCUAUAUGCAAGCAAUCUCAUGAAAGAAUCUUCUGCCUCGUACAAAAGUGAUUUCAUUGAUAAAAAUAUAAAUGCAUUGCAUUUUCCUUACAAUAAUGAAGGCCGGGACACAAUAUGGGCAAUGAAGGAAUCUUCUGGUACUUAUGAAAAUGAUUUUUCUGAUGAAAACAGUGGUCUGCUAUUUUGUGACAUGCCUGGACGUCCAGUUCAUACCUCCCAAGAGAGAAUGAGGUCUGAAAGCAACGAGAUAAAAGAAGAAUGAAGCAUAAAAUUGUUUUAUCAUCAUUUCAUUCUAGAAGGGAGCUGUUUCACUGCUUUGGGAUGGUCAUUUCAAGAAUUUUCUUCAAUGAACUUUAACGCAUUGAUGGAUGGGUUUUCUGAUGGAGCACAUCUCAUUGAAAGAUUUAAUGUCUCGGAUCACAGCUACUCAUUAUGUGCACAAAAAAACAUUGCACCCAGAAGUUGCAGCAGUUGUACUCUUGUAUAUAAAUCAUGAUAGAUUUUGUUGAUUGGUGCUGAAUGCUUUGUUAGAAGCUGCAAGAGAAAGCAUCUAAAUGGUUAUCAUGUGAUAAUAUUAAGGUGUUGGCUUUUAGGCCGUCAUUGAUCAACUGGAUUUUUCCAGUUAAAACAGCAAUUUGAUUGACUUUUUAGCACUAUUAUUCUCCCUGGCAGUUCAAAAAUGAUGCAUCACAUAAGAAAUCAAUAUCACCAGUUGACUGACAAGCAAAUGAUUCGACAUCAGAAAAAAGCUUGUUCUCAUGCUUUACUGAUAUUCUUUACAACAGAAGAAAUGAUUAUUUAUUUGUUUCUGUAGAUAAAGGCCAAGAGCUCUUGGGAAUAACGUCAUGUCCACUGCCGAUCAGGUUUUCUGGCAUGAAACAUUCCAUAAUUCAGGAAUGCUUCACAUCUUACUUUUGCCACCAAAGUGUUCUGAACCUACCUUUGAAGCAUAAAGAAGCUAAUUUUUGAUGCUUUAAUGUCAGCAACGCAGGGAGACUGUGUACAGUUUAUGAAAAAUAUUGAUCAUCUUUUAUCUGGUUA